CGGCGGCGGCUCUAGUCGCACGCGUGCGAGAGAGACGAUCACGAUACUCGGCGUGCGGUACUCCUCUUAACGGACGCGAGACGCGCGCGUCACACAUACAUACACAUACAUAUAUGUAACAGUGACCAGCGCACUACCGGUCAUCCCUCGAUGGUGAUUCCGUGCGAGAUUUUCGCGAAGGGAUCGAAAGCAAUUUUACGCGCUUGUGCACAUCCAAAGGGAAAUUUAAGUUGACGAGACGACGAGGCAUUGUCCUGCUCCGAAGGGAGAGAAAGGACGGCGAGCUCCGAUUUCGGCUCUGUCUUCGAAAACACGUUCCCUGGGAUACAAGCGCUUCGUAGCGAUCUCUUCCUCCCCAAGUAUCGAGGAGAAGACGAAGAUCUCAAAUUAUAGACGUCGAUACGUCACGCACGGAGCACUCGCGCGAGAAAUCGAUUCGUUAUUCGAGGGUGACCGACAGUGGGUUUCUUGUGGAAUCCGUGGAUUAGUAUAAGGGAGAUCACCAGCCGCGACACGACGAGGAGUGGUGAUCUGGUUGAGGACGCGCGUUUUUGACGAGUUGAACGACUCCCGGAUAAUACUGAUGAGGAUCCAGGAAGCAUCAUCGACUUUCGACAACAAUCUAGAAGAGAGUAUCCUAUCAGGGUGGCUUCGCGAGGGAUCGACGCCUCGUAGCAUGUCGGCUAUUCGUAUCAACGUGGAGGAGGCUUCCAACAGCGGCGAGGAUAUCGUUAGAGACAUCGAGACGACAGCGGCGGUGGCAACAACAGCGGUAGCUGCCGCCAACCCGCUUUCCUGGCACAUCCCAAGGCCGUCCUUGGUCGGGCGCAGCGAGAGGGACAGCGAAAAUGGUAGCUGGGCUCAUCACUUGCAUCCGAACUCCCCCUCGAGAGGGUCGACGUCGUCUCAAGGAUCCACCGCCAGUACACACAGCGCCGCGUCGGGAACGUUGCUACUCACGGCCGCGAAUCUCGCGAAUCUCGCCGCUAUACAUCCGCCCACGGUGACGGCGCCGAAGCAGAUAGACACCGCCUCGGUGGCCAGCAGCACCCACUUCACGGUCGUGAACGGUCUCGGCAGACCGGCCACCGUCUACAGGAAGUCCUGGUGCGCGCGAAAUCAGCUCACCGUUCUCGUGUGCACCAUGAGUUUUCUGUUCAUGGUCGGUCUGCUCGCCGGGAUCCUUUACAUGGAAAUGAGGGCUCGCGACAAGUACAACUAGGCCGAGGGUGAGAGCGGGAGGAGGAGGAGGAAACGGCACGUGACCAUGAACGAUGAUCAUCGUGAUAGAAACGGGCAAUGAAGAAAAUGACUACUGCGGAGAGAACGGAGCUGGGAAAAACGUUUCCAUGAAGACGAGAAAGAGAGAGAGAGAGAGAGAGAGAGAGAGAGAGAGAGAAAGAGAGAGAGAGAAAGAGAGAGAAAGAGAAAACGCAAGAUCCAGUCACGAUAUUAAUUUGACUUACUCAUAUUUACACGUAUAUGUACAUCUGCGUUGUAAGCCUGUUCAGACCACUCUCGGUCCGUAGACGUUCCCGGCGGUUAGAAUUUUAAGUAUAUAUAUAUGUAUACAUACUGUAUUGCACCGCGACAAACGUGUGGUACGUGAAAAUCAGUAAUUACAUUUGUGUAAUGAGCAACGUACUGUUAAGGGGUUGACGAGAUCCUCGCGAUGGGAUACUCUUGCGUAUUUAUGCUGGAAUUUAACGAAAUUCGUCGGAUUGUCCCGCGAGAUACGAUCCGACGAAUAACAUAAUAUAUUUUAUGUUAAUUAACUUCUUACCGCGUAGCGCGUGUCAUGUAGAGCACAAGCAAACUUUCUCUAAAAUUUCUUCACUGUUUUACGUGUGUGACUUAUGACACCUCUCUGCACGCCGCAUAUUUUUUCGCAUGGAAAGAUACAUGUGGUAAGGGGUUACGGACGAUAGUGACACACGAUAGUGAUCCGCGAUUGCUCCAAAUAAAAAGCAUAACUUUUCGCGUAGCGAAUAAAAACGAAAAAACUUCUCCUAUUUAGUUCUCAAUCGAUUUAUCGUUCGUAAAUCGCGUGUCGACAUUAUCGAGAGCCGAUGUAGAGAAGAGGUAUACGAUAAAAUAUCACUCGAGUGUCACUAAUCCUAGUCGUCCAACGCAAAUCUCGAAUCUAAUAGUAUUUUGAAUAACGAGUACCGACGGACAGUUCGAAGCAAUCGACGAGAUGGGACCAAGAUAGUGAAUAUCUAUUUAGGGCCUGUAAUUUAAUUUUUACUAACAAGCUGCCUUAAUCAUAUCUGGAUUUCCGUCGGAUUGUUAUUCCGGGAGCAAAUGUAAACGGAAAAGCAAUGAAGGGCGGUCGCGUCGAUCGCUUUUCGCGUCUGUGAUAUUACUUGCGUAUUAAUCGUCGAUUCAACAAGAAACUGUCAAAUAUAGUAAACGUCGUUUCAUUUCCACCUGUCUUUUGCAGCAUAUUGAUAUAAUAUUCACAUAAC